UGCCGGCGCGAGUCUUUGAUUAACUGUCACUGUAGCAUAGUUUGUCACCCGCGGAGCUUCUCUGCAGUCCCGCAACCUCGAAUCUGAGAGUCCCUGAGGAGCCCAGGCUCCAGGAGGAAGAAAAACCUUACUAGAAGCCCCUGAAGUGACGAAUGCCCUCCUCUGAGGGCAGUGGGCAGCUGUUGGGGACAAGACGGUUUCUUCUACUAUUGUCCUUCAGGGAGGUGACCAGGUUCCCCAUCCUGAGCCCAGCAGAAGGGAAGAAUCCCAUCUCUGGCGGCCUGCCCACAUGGUUGCCUUACAUCUGCUGGCUCCUAGGGGUCACUAGCCUGGCUUCUGCCUUUUUUACUCCACUUUAUAGCUUAGAAUUGAACCAAGACCAAGCCACCAGCUGGGUUGUUUCCGUUAUUUUAUCAGUGCUUGAGAACAUCUUCACCAGCCAGCCAGUAAAGGUGAUCGUCCUCACACCCUUACGCUCACUGAUGAUGAACAGGAUGCUGUGGCUUAACAAGGAGAAGGAGCGACGAACGACGAGGGUCUUGGCACUCUUGGGUAGUUCAGCAAACUGCUCUUCACCACCAUUACCUGGUUUGAAAGAUAAGAACAACCCCAUCUACGGAGCCCCACCUAUGAACAGUCCACCUAAGCAUCCAGAAAGAACCUUGAAAGAGAAGAAACUGUUCAGGCUGACUGUAGAUAUUUUGGGUACCGAGAGGAAAUGGCAACAUGUCCAUACUGCAGCACACUUUCCAGGAGGGAGACGGGGGUGGGAGGAUAAAAUGGAAAAUAUAGAAGGGUGAAAAGGUAUCUUUUAAAAUUUUCACUUUGUGAAAAUUGAAAUUCUAGUAAACCAAAGUGGUAUGAUGAAUAGACUCCUCAACUUGGAGUCUUGAGAUUUCCUUGUGUACUUGAGUAAGUCACUUUCUCCACCUA